AUGAACUCGAAAUAUAACAGUCCUGGAUUUCAUGUGAAAGCACCAACAUUUGGAGUGGAGCCAGUCUUGGGCCCACUGAAUGAAUCUCCCAUGCAAGGAUUCAACUUCAGCAAAGAGCAGUAUGGUUAUCAACACCACGGCCAUGGGGAUAUGAUCGGCAUGGGAAUACAGCAGCAACAUCAGUUUCAGAUAAACACCUCAUUCAACGGCCAGCAGCCGAACCACGAGCAAUCUCUCCACCCUUACCAGGACAAUGCGCACAGUGUUGCUUCUUGCCUGCACGGGGACAGACACAUGGGUUUCAACAGCAGCAACGCUGGGCACCAGCAUGUUUUCGAGCCGGGCUUCGGGCCGCUUUCCGAGGGCCAGGGGAGGGAAUGCAUUCCCCAGCAGCAGCAGCGGAUCGCCACCAUGCCCGAGUUCCAGCCUCAUGGCCAUCCGAAUGGAAACCACGCCGUGCCAGCCCCGUGUCUCCCCCUGGAUCAGUCACCCAACCGCGCUGCCUCUUUCCACGGCCUCCCGUCCUCCUCCCCUGAAACGCACAGACUGGAACAUUACAGGCUUUUCCCACAGGGGCGGAUGGGCCCCGGGUCGGAGUACUGUUUUCCCUGCGACCCUCUGCCCGGCAACUUCGACAUGUCGGGCUUCUCGGCGCCUGACUCUGCGGCCGAACAAAAACUCUCCCAUUGUGAGAUGGGGAACCAAGUCGUUGGAGGAAAUUUCCCGACUUUUAAUCACAACAGCUCCAGAGCAUCCAUGGUCAGUAACUCUAAAGACGACCAGCAGCUACCUCAGCAGAAUGCAUACUCAGACAGAUUUGGGAAUAGAGGGAAAACGUGUGGGGUUAUGGAGCCAGGGGUCAUUUCCAGGCACCACUUCAUGCUCCAGCAAAGACCGGGGUCCAUUCCCAGGCAGAACCCGGGCUCCCCUGCCCUUCCUCGACUAUACCACGCCCCCGAUUACGGCUCCGGUAACCCCGACAUGCAGAACGGCGGCGUUAUGAUCCAUUCACAGCAUGGCCAUUUAGAUCACCCCGCUCAUAAAUUAAACAACCACAGUAUGCCUCCUUACGGGGAUCACAUGUUCGGCGUGCCGCCGUUAACGCACCAGCACGCCCAUCCUCAACAACACUUUGGCUCCGUCCCUUACUUGAACGCCGCAAAGAGGCCGCGAUUUGAUCUCCCCAACGGCCGCGUCGGAGAGAGCUGCAGCCCCUUAAACAGCAGCUUGCAUAAUCGGCCAAGCCUUGAGAACCAUCUCUCGCCCUCUGGUUACCCCGCUCCCGUGGGGGAGUUCUCGGCUCACGUGACGGAUGGGUUUCCAACGGGACCUCCGCUGCUCAACACGGGCCCUCACCAACCACAGCACGCGCUGCAGCGGCAGCAAAAUGCGGCCAUGAUGAUCAAACAAAUGGCGUCGAGGAACCAGCAGCAGAGAAUGAAACAGCCUGACUUUCAGCAGCUAACCCACCACGGGGACAUUGCCGCCAACGGCAUGGUUCACAGAGGGCCGGUGAGUAACGGCUGUCAGUCAGGCUUUGAGAAGAAGCACGGUUUUCACGGAAACUUUGACACGCAAAGCCCCCACCUACCUCAAGAAAACUCAUGGUUUCCUGAGGCCAACCAGCAAUGCAGGGAGGCCAGCAUUCACUCUGUGGAGCACUCGCAGAAUGGGCAUAGCAUUAUUUUUAGACCAGGCAUCUCACCAAUGGACCUACAGAAACCUGCGGGAGUAUCUCAAGAAGGCUUUGUGAAGUCUUUAAAUUCUCCCGGCGUGCACGCUCAGUUUGACAAUGUUGGCAACCCUCUACAGAUUCAGCCCCCCGGCGACGGCCCGAUGCCGCCGAACGCGCCCGUGGACCGGAGAGUGCCCGAUUUCAACGGCGCCCCAAUGAGGCGGCAACACAAUUUCCCCCCCCGUGGGCCCAGUCAACAGGGAGCACCCCAGAGCAAUCCCGCCGGGUUCAGCACCUCGCCAGAAAACUAUCCCCCCCACCCUGAGUUCCUCUCAAGUCAGCACCUGUCAGUCAAUAAGCUUGGGGCCCUCUCCUUGGGGACUUUGAACAAAGCCAGCACAAAAGACAGUGUGUUUGGCCAGAGCUGUCUGGCUGCUCUUUCCACCGCCUGCCAGAAUAUGAUCGCUAGUCUAGGGGCACCAAACCUCAAUGUGACUUUUAAUAAGAGGAGCCAGAAUGAGGCCAAACGCAAACCAGGUCAGGUGGAGCAGCAGGAUGUAAAUAGCAGUGGCGGUGGUGGGCCCGGCGGCCCUGGGGCAGAGUAUAUCCAGAGCAACGCUUCUCAGAAUAGCCAAACGUCUUGCUCUGGGAAUAGCAACAAUACGUCGGCAGGUCAGGGCGGCAUGAGUCAGAUGGCGAAAGGGGAAGUGAGCACCCUCUCGCCAAACAACAACAACAACAACAACAACAACAGCAACAACAACAUGGACUCUGGGAAUGAGGGGAAAACUGCAACAGGCGGUGGGAGGGGGAGGGGGAAGCGGAGAAGGGACAGUGGACACAUCAGUCCAGGAAACUUCUCUCCCUCUUGCAGCAGCCACCCCGUCGUCAGUCCGAGUCAGCAAGGCUGUGCUAGCGUCGAGGGGAGUAACAAAACCCCCGACAGGUCGCUUCUCUCCCCCUCUUUUGGAAAGCCUGACCUUACAACCUCUAUAGACAGUGGGAUUCAAAGCGUAGGCAAAUCUGACGGUGUCUCCCCCUGUGUGGAUUAUCUAGAUGAGGCCAGCCCUAACUACAGUAGCGAAGACGCCAGAAACUCCAGAAGCAACGCAAAAUGCAAAUCCGACAACAGGGCCGGGUAUUCAGACGCAUCGUGUGUGGAGCACGUGUGUACGCCGUUAACCAGCUCUGGCCAGGAUGAGGUGCAUCCCCUGGAGAUCCUACAGGCACAGAUCCAGCUGCAGAGGCAGCAGUUCAGCAUCUCGGAGGACCAGCCGCUGGGAGGGAGGAGUAGCAAAAAGGCUGACUUCCAGGCUGGACAAAAUGGAGAAUGUGCCCUGGCAAACCACAGCCCAGACGCAGGCAAGAGCUCUAUGAAUACAAUUGACCUUGACUCCCUCUUGACGGAGCAACAUGCCACCUGGUAUGCCCCUGGCAACAAGACUCUGAUAGAGGAACCUGGGAACGACAAGUGCAUGGCAUUCUGGGAUAGAGCAAGGGGCCAGAAUGACAACAAAGAAGGUAAACUCAAUCGACUUGCAGUGAGAGCAUGA